AUGUGUAUAAUGCACCUCAGGUGUCCGCCGGUGCUGCACAUUGUUCUGCGUAUCCUCGAGUGCAACCUGCUGGCUUCUCGUUCAUUCUGGGCCCACCGAGUUGCCGAUCGCCACUUUCCUGCUCCACCUCCCUCUACUUCAACAGAAACCAGCAUUAUUACCGUCCCACCGCCUGUGCCGUCUUCGCCGCCCUCUCUGUUGUCAAUCACCUCUCCGGCUAAGACUACCGCUGAUGGUUUGCCGACGCUCUCUCCGCAGGGU